AUUCUCUGAUACUAAGUAGAUUUUCAAUUAUUCACAAACACUAUCAACCUUGAUUUGACGUGUAUGGUGGUCUUAAACCAUAUAAAAUUGAUGGUUAUAAAGAAGCUAAUUUUAAUUUAUUCGUCAGGUGAUAUUUUAUUAGGAAUAGAUUAAAAAACAUACAAAUUACCAUAUCAAAACUAAAAUGAAUUUUACUGAUAAAGUAGUUUUAAUAACCGGUGCUAGCUCUGGCAUUGGAGCUGCAACAGCAAUUCAUUUUUCGAAAUAUGGAGCCAAAUUAGCUUUGACUGGUAGAAAUGUUGAAAAUUUACAAAAAGUUGCUGAACAAUGUCAUAAUGCUAAAGAAGGUAACUUGAAGCCUUUUAUUAUACCUGGUGAUGUUAGUAAUGAGAACGACGUAAAAAAUAUUUUGUCAACAACAAUAAAAGAAUUUGGAAAAUUAGAUGUACUUGUGAACAAUGCCGGUAUCUUGGAAACUGGAACCAUAGAAACAACAAAUGUCGAACAAUAUGAUCGUGUCUUUAAUGUCAAUGUAAGAUCAGUUUAUCAAUUAACUAACUUAGCUGUUCCAUACUUGAUUCAAACCAAAGGAUCAAUUGUGAAUGUUUCAAGUGUGAAUGGAAUUCGUUCAUUUCCAGGAGUACUUGCUUAUAAUAUGAGCAAAGCAGCAUUGGAUCAGUUAACUAGAUGUGUUGCUUUAGAAUUGGGUGGCAAAGGAGUACGAGUGAAUAGUGUUAAUCCUGGAGUUACUAUUACAGAAAUUCAUAAACGAGGAGGAAUGAAUGAAGAACAAUAUGCAAAAUUCUUAGAACGUGCCAAAGAAACACAUAUUUUAGGUCGGCCUGGGCAAGCUGAAGAAGUUGCACGAGCGAUUGCUUUUCUGGCAAGUGAUGAAGCGAGUUUUAUCACUGGCGCCUCUCUUCCAGUCGAUGGAGGGCGUCAUGCUAUGUGUCCACGUUAAAAUUUUAUUAAAUUUUGUAUUUUGUUAGAAAAUAAAA